AUGAUCAAGCAAAUUCCAAAAUAUGCAAAGUUUCUUAAGGAUCUCUGUGUGCAUAAGAAGAAGUUGAAGGGGAAUGAAUUGAUCAGCUUGGGAAAGAAUGUAUCUGCUCUUAUUCAACCAGUUCUCCAGAAAUGCGAAGAUCCAGGAGUGUUUACAGUACCUUGUGAGAUUGGGAGUAGUUUGUUUAAGGAUGCUAUGUUGGAUUUGGGGGCUUCAAUUAACGUGAUUCUAAUAUCAGUUUUUCAGACUUUAGGGAUUGGACCAUUAUUACCUACAGGGGUUGUGAUUCAGUUGGCAGACCGCAGUCAGACUCACCCAGCUGGAGUUAUUGAAGAUGUAUUGGUUAAGGUGAGGGAACUUAUAUUCUUUCCUGCAGAUUUUUAUAUCCUUGAUAUGGAGGGAGACUAUCUGGCCAGUAGGUCCCCACUCAUUUUAGGACGCCCAUUUUUGAAGACAACAAGGACUAAGAUUGAUGUUCAUGCGGGCACACUUUCUAUGGAGAUAGGAGAUACAGUGGUCCAGUUCAGUAUUUUUAACGCUAUGAAGCAUCCUAGAGAAGAUCAUUCUAUUCUUAGCCUAGAUAUUUCAGAGGAGCCGAAUAGUAUGGAUUUCUUUUCAGGUUGUGAUUCAGAUUUCGUAGUGGAUGAUCAGAGUGAUGUAUUAUCUUCGGUUUUGGAGGGUAUUUCAGCCGUGGGAGUGGAUGAUGAAUCUUGUGGAUUAUUUCCAAGUGAGCGAGAUGAAUUAUGCGUAGGGGAUUGCUUAGGAGAAGCUCUAUCCCUAGGAUCGCCCAGAGAAGAGGAAUUAUGCGUAGGGGAUUGCUUAGGAGAAGCUCUAUCCCUAGGAUCACCUUCAGUUGACCAGACUAAGGAUGAAUUGAAGCCAUUGCCUCCACAUUUAAAGUAUGCUUAUUUGGGAGAGAAUCAACAGUUACUUGUCAUCAUAGCUCAAAAUUUAGAACCAGAUCAAGAAAGAAGAUUAUUGGAGAUUUUGAGGCAACAUAGGAGAGCUAUUGGAUGGACAUUCACUAUGUGA